CUCCAUCAUCUCUCAUCCAUGUCUACCAUGCCACCACCAAGAGGCAGCAGCCUCCAGGUCACUCUCGACAGCCCCGGGCCAAGCAGGCAGCCAUCGCCACCACCGCCGCCACCAUUACCAGAUCCGCUGUUGGACGAGGCCGAGGAAGAUGCCGACCGCGAGCUCUUCUUGCGGCGACAGAAGGAGUACACCGACCUCGAGAGGAGCGUGGAAGCGUCCGCCGAGCUCCUCACCUCGCUCGCAAGCUACCUCACGACAUUUCAGGAUAACCUCGGCGAGGUGUCUGGGCAGAUCGCAGACCUGCAGGCGCGGUCGGACGAGAUCGAGCGUGAGCUCAAGGGGCGCCGCGUGAUCCUGCCGCCGCUCAACGCUCUCUUGUCCGACCUGAUUAUUCCCACCUCGCUGGUCUUGACGAUCCGGGAUACCGAGCCCAGCGCCAACCCCCAGAUGUGGCUUCAAGCGAUCGCCGAGCUUGAAGACAAAAUGACGGCCGUCAAGGCGCGCGGCAGUAAGGUCAAGGCUGCACGCGAGCUCGAGAGCGUCGUCGAGGCGCUGGCGCUUAAGGCGCUCCACUCACUCCCACCCUUCCUCCUCACCCUCAUCCGCCCGCUCCGCUCGGUGUCCAAGGGCCUCUCCACCAACCUCGCGGUCAUGCAGACGUCCCUCCUGCUAAAAUACCAGCCGUUCUACGCUUUCCUCCUCCGCCAGAGCCCACGACACGCCAAGAUGGUCGAGCGGGGCUACGUGAAUGCUGCGCGAGCAUAUUUCGAGACCGGGAUACGCCGGUAUGCGCGUGCGUUGGGCGCGAUCAAGGCGCGUGCGCCGGAUAAGCCGGACCUCAUCGGCAGCGUUAGCGCCGAGGAUCUUGCCGACGUCAAGAAAACACCGCCGGGAAUCAAGGCGAUGUACGAUCGCCUGCAGUUUGCGGACCUCGAAGGCGAGGGCGAGGCAAGCGCAGUCGUGCUCGCCUACCAGGCUGACGAUGUCAAGUUUGCGCUGCCCGUCGAAGCUGUCUUCCGCUCUCUCGGGCUUGUGGUGCUGGACAACGCCAGUUCCGAGUUCACAUUUAUCGUGCGCUUCUUCGCGCGGCCAGCACUUGCGCGCGAGCGGCCCGAGCGAGUCCGGAGUCACGAGAGCACGCCGCUCGAUUCGCCUGUUCUCGGCCCCGUCUCCGAUACAGGGCGCAGCAGGCUGAGCACGCGUGCGCGACGCACCCCCGAGCCAGAGCUCAAGGAUGCUGAGCGGAUUUGGCACGAGGUCCUCGACUCGGGUCUCGAGUCCGCCACGUCUUUGUUCAACGCGUGCAUAGCCACCCCGCCGCCCGCCAUUCCCCUCCUCACUAUGAUCCGCGCGAACGACCGCCUCCUCUCCAUCGCCGAGGGGCGCGGCGCGCUCCCCCUCGUACCCUUCCUCACAGGAUGGAAGAUGGCGCUCUGGCCACUGUACCGCAAGGCGAUGGAUGCGCACAUCGAGAGCCUGAAGGCGCUCGCGAACGAGGCGGAAGGCAAAGGCCUCGCGGGCGUGUUUGGCAAGGGUGUCAAGGACGCCGCUGUGCGCGCCGUUGCCGUACGCUACGCCGCGCUGUUCGCUUGUGUCGUUGCACUCAGCGACGAGGCGGAGGAGGCGAUGAUGUUCUCGAGCAUGACUCGUCUCCGGGCGGAGCUCACACGCCUCAUCCAGAUCCAGGCAGGAAAGAUCAAGGACGUGCCGGCGCGUCACUCGUUCUUGUCCUCGAUCUACGAGGCGGUGAUGCACGAGCUUGUGGCUGGGCCCGGCGCGCCUACGCAUCCACGGUUACAGGCUGAGCUUUCGUUCUUCCGCACGCGUGAGGAGGAGGCGCGGCGGCGUAUCGCGGCUCGAUAGACGUCAAGGAUGCAUCAGUCACUCCUGG